GUGGGCGGCCGACGGGCAGUGCAAGUCCAACCCGGGGUACAUGCAUGACUCGUGCAAGUACUCGUGCUGGGAGUGGCGCGCGCGCGCCUCCAGUGCCCGCCACCACUUGCCCGGCCGACACUCUGACCCUGCUGCCGCCAGGUUCGAGCACCGGCGAAAGGCGUACCCGGACGCGCCGAUCGACAAGAACUUUCACUGCCACAACUGGGCCGCCAAGGGCGAGUGCCUUUCCAACCGCGCCUUCAUGGCCACCACCUGCCCCGAGUCGUGCAAGGACAAGUACGAGGACGAGAAAGACGAGCCGCCGUCCAAGCCGCCGGCGCGCACCGCUCACCGCGCCCUGGCCGGACCGCCGCCCGGCCACCGGGAGGACGGGCGCCACCACCCGAGAUGCAUCGCGUCGCCAACGAGCCCUCAAAAGAAGAAGAAGAGGAAAAAGAAGAAGAAGGGCGAGCCGAAGGAGGAGCUCUAG